UGUGCAUACGAGAGAGAGAUAGAGAGAGAGACAGAGCAUGAAUGAGUCUGUGUGUGUUGCGAGAGCUAUGUUGAGCCUUCGCCUCUCCAUAACGCUGCAUCCCGGGACAGAGUUAAAACACCAAGCAGGACAGCAGCAGAUGGAUUGAUGCCGGGAGAGAGAGAUAGAAAAAGAGAUGUACAGGCGUGAGGAAAGUGUGACAGAGAAAGCAUGCGUGAGUGAGUGUUAGGAUCUUUCUGCCAGGGAAGAAAAAAAAACUGUUACACAUAUUACUGGGGGAGUUGCAGAGAGAGAGAGAGAGAGAGAGAGAGAGAGAGAGAGAGAGCAAAAAAGGAAAGUAGAAGUUAGUGACUCAGAAGUAGUGAGGAAGAUAGUAAUAAACUGAGAGGGAGGAAAGAAGGGGGAGGAAGGUAUAAUUACAGAGAGAGAGAAAGCGAGAGGGUACACACAGUGGAGACAGAGAAAGAGAGAGAGAGAGAGAGAGAGAGAGAGAGAAAGAGUCAGAGAACUGUCUAACCCUGCCCACUUUCUACAAAACCAUUGAGCUCCGGUGUAACGAGCUGCACUCUGUCAGGUUUCUCCUCUCCAGAGCUCUGCCAUCUCUGGUCUCUGCAAGCUCAUCAGGACCGAACUAUAACCAGGACCGGGACUAAAAUCACAGGAUCAGAAGCUCCAGGACCUUGACAGCUUCCUAUUUUCCAGCAUGUUCACACCUUUCGGAUUAUUUUAGCUUUCUUUCCACGCUCACUUUGUUUUUAUUUUCCUGAGGGUGGCCCGGUGCUCAUCCACUCUAGCUGGAACCUGAUCACGAGAAGCGGCGGUGCCCACAAUGCCCUCUCUCGCCUUGCUGAUGGCUCUGGCACUGCUCCUCUCCGGCUGCCUGUCUGGACGCUGUUCCCCAACGCCCUCGGGCAUGCAAGGCACGACUCCUCUAGAGAGCGAGAGACAGGAAGGGUCUCGGGGGGCUGAGCAGCAGGAGGAGGGUGGUCCGGUGAGUCCGUGUCCGUCCUGCGCCCUCGCCCAGUUAGACAGGGAUUCGGAGCCUGGCAUGGUGGAGGCGGUCAAGAGGCACAUCCUGAACAUGCUGCACCUGAGUGCACCGCCUAACAUUAGCCAUCCGGUGCCCCGUGCUGCCCUGCUUAAUGCCCUGCGCAAGCUGCACGUGGGUCGUGUUGCACAGGAUGGCACGGUGGAGAUCGAGGAUGAAGCAGAGGACUUCGGAGGACACAGCGCGGGUGAUGAGCAGCCGUCUGAAAUCAUCACCUUUGCAGAACCAGUUGAUGUUCCUGAUACGGUGAAGUUUGACAUCUCUAAGGAGAGUGCCGGACAGGUGGUGGAACAGGCCAAUGUGUGGAUCUUCCUUAAACUGGCAAAGGGAAGCCACGCGAAGGGAAAAGUUUCCCUGCAGCUCCUGCAGUCCCCGAGUGUGAGUACAGAUUCGAAUCCAGACCCCCAGGAUGAAGUGUUGGUGUCUCAGAAGAUGGUGGAUGCCCGGCGUAGUGGCUGGCACACCCUGUCUAUAGGAGCCAGCGCGCAGGCGCUGUUGGACAGGGGCGGUGGAGAGCUGCGUUUUCGUGUGUCGUGCCCGCUGUGUGCUGAUGUGGGUGCAGUGCCAAUCCUCGGUGAAGGAAAAGGGAAGGAGCACUCGCAAUCACACCGCCCGUUCCUGAUGCUGGUGCUACGUCCGGCUGAGGAUCGGCAACACCGGCGCAGCAAGCGUGGCCUUGAGUGCGACGCCAAUAUGCGCGCGUGCUGCAAGCGCCACUUCUACGUCAACUUCAAGGACAUCGGCUGGAGCGACUGGAUCAUCGCACCCUCGGGUUACCACGCCAACUACUGCGAGGGUGAGUGCCCAGGCCACGCCGCUAACAUGGCGGGUACGGCGCUUUCGUUCCAUUCCACCGUCAUCAACCACUACCGCAUGCGUGGCUACAGCCCGUUUGUCGGCAUCCGGUCGUGCUGCGUUCCCACCCGUCUCCGCGCCAUGUCCAUGCUCUAUUACAACGAAGAGCAAAAGAUCAUCAAGAAGGACAUCCAGAACAUGAUCGUAGAAGAAUGUGGCUGCUCAUAAAAACUUAACCACAAACCUUGUGGAACUCUUAUAAAACUGCUUAGCCAAGGUCGAAGCACAUGAUUGGUGGAUUAGCAGCCUAGGCUGGCCCACAAACAUUUCUUGAACUGUCAUUGCUUUUGACUUGAACAUGCUCUGUUCAUGAACUGUUCUAUUCAGGACUCUUGAUUUGAGUGAUCUCUGUGGCACUUUCAUAUAAAUGUAAACAAAACAACAACAACAAAAAAAAAAAAAAAAGAGAAAGAGGCGUAAUAUAUUUUUGUUAUUUGAAGGGAAAGCGGAAAUAUGAGGGAACAGGUGCAUGGUCAGGAUAAAAUGUUGUUCCGUGUUCUCUGCGCUGCAAUAAAAAAGAAGCAUCUCGGAAAUAUGAAUCCGAGGGGGAAAAAAAAAAAAACGAACUAUGCAACUGGUGUUAUUGGAUGUUCAUUUUGUCGAUCAAUGUUUUUAUGGUUUUCUCUGUGAACCCUUUUACAACAAAAAGUUGGUUGUAUUUCUGUUUUGAAAAAAGAAAAUACUUGAAGAAAAAUAGUUGGACCAGCUACUGGAGCCAAACUAUUAUUAUUUUUAUUAUUAUUAUUACCUAUAAAUUAUGAAUGUUGACGAAAAGUGAUCAGGAUUUGCACUAAACCAACAUUCUUAUAUCAGCCACACAAGAAUACGAUGUACAUUUGGAACUUUAUAUAUAGUAUACCAAAGAUCCUACGUAUUACUGGCUUUCAGAACAAUUCUUCUUAACGCCCAGCUCGACUGAGGUAUUAGCCCAAUUAGCACCAAUACACAGCCAACUAUACGUAUCAUCGUCUAAUCCAGUUUUCUUCAGUGUUUCCUUAAUGUACAGUUUUCAUGCAACUUUAUGGUCCAGGCGUUUAAUGCCAUGGUCUUACAGCCUUCCUACAAACCCCAUCAUGACACCAUGCACCAAGAUAAAAUACGAGCUUUUCAUGAACGAAAAUGACUGACAAAACAAACCAUGAUAUGUUGAAGGAAGCUUUUGGAUGUUGAACAUGUUGACUUUUUAUGUAUAGAUCUCUAAGAUGAGGUGACACGAUGCAUUGUUGUACAAAAUGUGCUUGUUAUGUUUUAUAUCUAAUUUAUUUUGCAGCAUACUCUUUGCUUCACUAUUAAAGCUGAACUGUACAAGUAAUCCUCUCGUGCUGAUUUUG